AUGGAGCAAAGGGAGACUGAAAGAAACAAAAGGAACGAUGAAAAAGAUCAAGUGGGAAUGAAGAAAAAUGAAAAGAAUGGAGGGGGACGAAAUGGAGCAAGAGGGAAUAAAAAAAAUGAAAGGAACAAAGGGGAAGAUAAAGGAACGAAAAAAAUGAAGCGAGAAUGGAAUAAAAAUGAAAGGAACAAAGGGUAA